AUGGAAGAUCUCUUUAUUGAACGACACGAGGACGACAAUCUGAGAGCAUUAGUUGUUGUUGUCCCGUCCUUGCAGAGAUUAUCCUUAGAGAUAGACAGUGAAUGUUCUUCUGAUGAAUACGUGAUGAUAGAUACCCCUUCUUUGAAGUAUUUCAAAGUUGACGAUAACAGAAUGAGUUUCUCCUAUUUGAUUAUGCGUAUGCCAAAGCUGGGAGAAGCAAACAUCGUUGUAGACACAAAUCUAGUCCAGUUUUUAGAAUCAAUCACAUCUGUCAAACGUCUUUCACUAGACGUAUUUAUCAACGAGGAAGAAGAGACGUACCCUGCUGGUAUUGUCUUCCAUCAGCUAGAACAUCUGAAACUAUCUGUAUUCGGCGAUAAUUGGUCCAAGUUACUUGUUCGGUUGCUCAAAGAUUCUGGUAAACUGCGUGCCCUCAACCUCAACGUCUCUAAAUGCAAUUCUAAGACGAAUGAACGGAUUAACUGGAGCAAUGAACAGAGUUCGGUUCCUACAUGUUUGUUAGAGAGUCUUGAAACUUUCAAGUUUGAAGGGUACACAGGAAGACUUGAGAGAGAUUUCUUGAGUUUUAUCUUAAAACAUGCUCGUUGCCUCAAGUCUAAAUCAAUCCUGCGCUCUGAGUUGGAGUGUAAGUGGUAA